AAUGGGCUUGGAGCAUUAAGGCCACACCCCUAUUCUGCAUUCUAGUGUGACCCUGGUGACGCCUCCUCUGGCUCAGUCACACAGCUGCGUGGUACGUGACUGGAGGCAUAUCACUGCCGUUGCCUGGAUCACGCCAAUGUGGCCCCAACCCCACCUCCCUCCCCUCCCCAUGAUGUCAGAGAAAAACCAACAGAGCAAAUUGCCUGAGGCCAAGGAAAAGUUUACAGAUGAUCAUCAGUGGAACAGUGCUGGUGCUGGUACCGGAGCAACCGACAGCAAACAGAAGAAAAUAAAUAAUGGCACUAACCCUGAGAAAACCACUUCUGGUGGUUACCAUUCACCUGAGGAUGAAAAGCAGGAAAGCCACCAAUAUCAGCAAGCCCUAAGGAGGCAGCUAGAGGCCCAGGAUCAUACCAUACGAAUCCUUAUGUGUCAGAAAACUGAACUGGAGACAGCGCUCUAUUACAGCCAGGAUGCUGCUAGGAAAUUUGAAGAAGAAUCCAAGGAUCUGGCAGGAUGCCUGCAUCAUUCCUGGAACUUUGCAAGAGAGUUACAGCGGGCUCUCUCUGCUGUGUCCACACAGCACAAGAAGGCGGACAGGUAUAUCAAGGAGUUAACAAAGGAGAGGGACGCUUUGAGUCUGGAGCUGUACAGGAACACCAUAACCAAUGAGGAGCUGAAGGAGAAAUAUGCCGAACUACAAGAAAAACUUCGACUUGUAGAAACUGAAAAGUCUGAGAUCCAGCUCCACAUCAAGGAGCUAAAAAGGAAACUGGAGACAGGCAAAAUCCUGCUGCCACAGGUUCAAACCAACACUUUGCAGGAGGAGAAGAUGUGGAAUCAGGAGGAGGAGCUACGGGAUCAGAAGGAGAAGCUACGGAAGCAGGAGGAGAAGAUGUGGAGACAGGAGCAGAGGCUGCGGAAGCAGGAGAAGGAGCUGCGCGAGCUGGAGGAGCAGAUGCGGAAGAAGGAGGAGCAGAUGUGGGAGCAGGAUAAGCAGAUGCGGAAGCAGGAGGAGCAUAUGUGCGACCUGGAAGGGCAGAUGCGGAAGCAGGUGGAGGAGAUGCAGAAGAAGGAGGAGCAGAUGAUGAAGCAGGAGGAACAGAUGUGGGAGCAGGAGAAGCAGAUGAUGAAGCAGGAGGAGCAUAUGUGUGACCUGGAGGGGCAGAUGCGGAAGCAGGAGGAGGAGAUGCGGAAGCAGGAGGAGCAGAUGAUGAAGCAGGAGGAGCAUAUGCGCGACCUGGAGGGGCAGAUGCGGAAGCAGGAGGAGGAGAUGCGGAAGCAGGAGGAGCAGAUGCGGAAGCAGGAGGAGCAGAUGCGGAAGCAGGAGGAGCGGAUGCGGAAGCAGGAGGAGCAGAUGCAGAAGCAGGAGGAACAGAUGCAGGAGCAGGAGGAGCAGAUGCGGAAGCAGGAGGAGCAGAUGCAGGAGAAGGAGGAGCAGAUGCGGAAGCAGGAGCAGAUGCGGAAGCAGGAGGAGCAGAUGAGGGAGCAGGACGAGAGGCUGCGAUUUAAGGAGGAGAGGCUGUGGGAUCAGGAUGAGAAGAUGCAGGAGGAGGAGGAGAAGAUGCGGGGGCAGGUGGAGGAGAAGAUGCGGGGGCAGGUGGAGAAGAUGCGGGAGAAGGAGAGGACGGGAGAGCAGAAGAUGCAGGAGGAGCGGUGCUCAGAGCCCUGCCUCCCUCCCUCCGAAGAUCUGUAUGAUACGAGCCACCCUGGCAGCGUGAAGCCUGCACGAGAGGCCACGGAGGGUUCUCCUGAUGACAACUGCACUGCACAGAUCAUGCAGCUGCUUGGUGGAAGGAAGAAUGCCCAGGAGUGCCCAGUCUUAGGCAGCACCUCCUGCAUCCCAUUCUUCUACCGAGGAGACAAGAAAAAGAUGAAGAUCAUCAGUAUCUAAAAGCCGGCACUGUCAACAAGGCCUACAGAAGUGUAAGCCGCCACGUGACCUUGUGAAUAUCGUCUGAGAACAAACUUGAAAAAAGAAAAUUUAUUUUAAAUUGUGGCAAAAUACUGGCCGGGCACGGUGGCCUGCACCUGUAAUCACAGCACUUUGGGAGGCCUAGGCGGGGGGAUCACCAAUCCCAGCUACGUGGGAGGCUGAGGUUGCAGUGAGCCGAGAUCACACCACUGCACUCCUCUCUGGCUGACAGAGUGAAACUCCCAUCUCAAAAAAAAAAAAAAAAAAAAAAAAAAAAAAAAAAAAAAAAAAUUUCUACUUGAGGACUCUAAUAUCUAUGUAUGUUUCUAUUUUUUUUUUUUCUUGGUCUUUCUCGUUUAGUCUUGUGUUGUCUUGUCUUAUGGCAUACCUAGUAAACUUUUAUCUGCCUCCAGAGAGUAUUGACUUUGACUUUAUGGCACACAAUUGGCGUUCAAGCAGAUCACCUUCAUCUAGUUUGGGACUAAGCUGGCUCAAAGCAGGUUUUAGUUUUUGUGACAGCUGGUCUAUUUUUUAUUCUUUUGGAUUCUUAGGGGUGGCCCUUCCAGGAUCC